AUGUGGCUGCUGGCGUGGCUCCUGCUGGUCGAGGGUUUGGCUGCUGAGCGGGUCGGGGCGCACGACAUCCCGCUGGAGAGCGGCCUCGGCGCGGUCCCGGAGUCGUCGGCCGCUCUGUCGGACCGGCUACAGAGGAUGGACGAGCGUCUGAUCCAGCUGGCCGCCCGUCUGGAGUCGCUGACGCACACGGUGGACACGCAGCUGGCCCAGCUGGAUAACAGCGUGCUGCAGCUGUACAGGGAGCUGGGCAGCGGCCGGCUGACCGAGGCCGCCGCCGAGCUGCGCGGGCUGCUGCAGGAGGCCCGGGUGGCGCCCGCCGACCCGCAGCUGGUCAGCACCCUCAGCCAGGAGAUCCGCCAGUCGGAGCAGCUGCUGCAGGCGCAACUCAACGACACGCAGCAGCGGCUGGUGACGCUGCUGCAGGAGGGCCGGCCCGCCGCCGCCUCCCCCGCCACCACGACUGUGAUCGUGGAGCGGUGCAGCUUCCCGGACCAGUUCCAGCGGACGGACGGCUGGCGGCCGGCCGACUGCGCGGCCGUCCAGCAGCGCCACCAGCGCAGCGGCGUCUACACCAUCUACCCGCCCGUCUGCGGCAACGGCGGCGGCAUCCGCGUCUACUGCGACAUGGACACGGACGGCGGCGGCUGGACCGUGCUGCUGAGGCGCGCCGACCUCCCCGACCACCAGGACUUCGACCUCGGCUGGGACAGCUACAAGUGGGGCUUCGGCAACCUCAGCGCCGAGUUCUGGCUGGGCAACGAGUACAUGAGCCUGCUGACCAGCAUGGAGCAGAUGCAGCUCCGUGUGGAUCUGAAGGACUGGGGGAACGCCUCUGCCACCGCCAGUUACACGCCGUUUUCCAUCGGCUCCGAGCAGCAAAAGUAUGCACUGAAGGUCGGCAAGUACGAGGGGAACGCCGGCGACGCCCUGACUUAUUACAACACCAUGGCGUUUACUACCAAAGACCGCGAUAACGACAAGUGGAGUAAGAACUGCGCCCAACACUACCAGCACGCUUGGUGGAACAAGUCUUGCCUGCACUCGACACUCACGGGACCGUACAAGAAGGGCGCUCUGAAAAGCAGCUGGGCAGGAGUGACCUGGAAACAGUGGAAGGGCGAUAGGUAUUCGUUGAAGCACGUUGAGCUCAAGAUGAGACCGGUCAACUACAUGACCUGGUGUCACAAACUGGCUCAGGAAGGCGUCAGCGAGUGA